UCAUCACUGGAAGUGAUCACACCUGUUCAGAUGCCUGAUAGAACACGGCACUGUCAGACCCAUCAGAGGCUUUAAAGCUUCUCUCUUUUUUAAAACGAUGCACACCCUGCAUCAUGUGGUUUCUGGUCUUCAUCUGUGUGUCAACAGUGGUUGGCUUUCCUGUCGGUCCAACCCAGCAUGCUGCAACUCCUGUUGCUGCAGGUAACCUUACAGUCACUUCUGUGGGUGCCAUGCUGCAGUCAGCCUCCACAGAGACUUUAAAAGUUGGUGCCAGUUCAUUAAAUGACACCCACAAUGCAUCUAGCCCUGCUCCAGGUACAGUGGCUUUAGUGCUCAAUCCACCACAGACAGACAGUGCAGAGACGUUAGAAGAGCUUCAAGAAGACAUGAUGGUCCAAGAGGGAGACAUUUUGCUUCCAGAGGACAGGAACGCUGUGAAGACCAUAUGGUCAGACGCCACCGUCUAUUUCACCAUCAGUAAAGAACUGGCUCACCGAGUGUCAGAGAUCUACGCUGCCCUCAAGAUGAUAGCAGAUGCCACAUGUAUUCGCUUCCGGAAACACACCAAUGAGCUGAACUACCUGAAGAUACGAGACGGCAUCGGCUGUGCAUCGUAUGUUGGCUGCCGAGGAGGAGUCCAGUCGGUGUUUUUUGGUCCAAAAUGUAGUGUGGGGAACCUUUGUCACGAGAUCAUCCAUGCUCUGGGAUUCCAUCAUGAACACACCCGAACAGACCGGGAUCAGUAUAUCACCGUGAACUGGCAGAGCAUCAAACCAAAGAGCAAAAGGAACUUCGAGGUGAAACAUGGAGACACUCUAAACCUGCCAUAUGAUCUCAACUCCAUAAUGCACUACGGGCAGUAUUUUUUCAGUGUAGAUGGAAGUCCGACUGUGUUGCCCAGACAGAGCGGCGUGAAGAUGGGUCAGAGGACUCAUCUGAGCCAGCUGGAUGUACAGAGACUGAACAAACUCUACCACUGUGCUGAGCGGAUGAAAUGGAAGAACAUUCUUGGUUAGUAGCUGACAUUUGUUGGUGAGAUUUAAUAAAAAUAGUUUUUAAAAAAUUAAAUACAA